AGGCAUCGUAGAAGGUUUAUGAUAUGUGUGUAGAUAAAGAUAAUAACAAUAUAGCUAUACUCUCUUUAAAAGAAAAGGUAGCCUAGAAGUGAGUAUUGUAUUCUUUGGCCUAGAACGUCGCCUUUUUCCAGUAAUAAUGAUACGUAUUGGCCAGCCAGUAGGCUCGCCGAGGCGAAUCGAAUCGAAUCGCAACCCGAAACGUGUGCUGAGUGCUGAGCCGAACGGAGCCGGGAAAAGCCGAAAGGAGGAGUGUCGCCCCACUGGUUCGGCCAUCUUCCCUUUGAUCUUCCCUUGAUCUUCCCCCUCCCACUUGUCACCAUAGAGUAACUUACUGCUUUGUCACCUCCAUAGUAUCGUUGCUCUUAGAACGUAGUGAUUAUAUGCUCUUUGGCUCUGAGCUUGUCACUAUUUUGUCAACAGUGACAUUUUUAGCGACAUUGUAGUUUUAAUAUCUUAGUAUUUUUACAACAUGAAUAAAAAUAGAAUUGUGAGCGUGGCAGAGGGCCCAUGGGGCAGAGCGACUAUUUAUUCAAAUGAACCAGUAGAAGACAAAACAACACAGAAGUUCAAGACGCAAGAACCAGAGAGGCCAAUAACAUUUCUCAUGGAAAAGAAACAUUCAGAGUCAUCGCAGCAGACUGUCGUUUCGUCCUACAAGUUUGAAAAUAACUCAAUAAAGAGCUCUAUGUUCAAUGCUGAAGAUAUUUAUCGAUUACCCAACUUCGAAGCGUCGUUAUUUGCUACUAUAUUCGAGGACACCAUCACAGAGCUGCGGAUAUUAGUUGAAUGCAACACGGAGAUGCGCAUAAGCAAGCUGCAGUCGGAUAUGGGGUUACUGCUGGCGAUAAAGUUUGGUGUGAAGCAACCCUUGUUCAAAGACGUCCUGGACGGGAUCGACCCCAAGCACUUGGGCUGUAACGAGUACAAGCUUAACAAGCUGGAUGCAGACAGAAAAUAUCUAGCGGAAGUGCUACAGACCUCAUACACGGACUUAGCGCUAAACAAGAGCUACAUGAUCCUCGCCGAGCACGUGAAGGAGAUCGUAGACCGGGACAACUACCGCGCUCAACUCCAGGAAGCUGAGGCUAGGCAUAGAAUACUGCGACGAGACACGAACCGACAACUUCGACAACAGCGGAACCACAUCAAAUCCGUUACUUACGACACUGACGCUAUUAUUGACGAUCUGCGCACACAAGUAGAGGACUUCAGUCUCAACGCCGAGACGUGCACACGCUACGUCAACAACUGGGAGCGCGCGCGCACCGAACAGCAUCUCCAGACGAUCUACGACGCCGAGUAUACGCCUUCACAGGUGGUUGAGUACUUCAAGCAACGCACAGAUAACGAGCAGCGUGUGCAUACCGAGGUGGAGCUACUCAUCAACAUCGCUAUUAACGAGACAUUGGAAGAAGUUGAGAGGUGGAUGGAGAAAUAUGACAAGGACAUGGAAAAAAUCGAUUUGAAAAUACAAAUAAAGAAAAAUGAAUACCAAAACGCUCGUGACGAGAGAAUGGCAUUAGAGGAAACGAUCGAAAAGCACGACAAACUCAUGAAAGACUGGAUCCACUUCAAGGACGAACGUGAGAAGGAGCGUCAGUACCGCGAGACCAUGAACAAAUCGGCUAUCACCGUGCAAGCGUGGUGGCGCGGCUUGUUGGUCCGAAGGCAACUCGGGCCGUACAAGCCGGCGAAGAAGCCGCCCGCGAAAAAGAAGUAGCAAGUUUUUUUACUAAUACAGUUGUUUUGAACGGAUUGUUCAA